AUGAUGAACAAUACUAAAGAUGAUUUAGAAGAUACAAAUAACGGGAUAAACAAAUAUCGAAGCAACCCGUUUAUAAAUAAUAAAGAAGAUUACUUUAAUGAAAAUGUGCAAAGAAUAAUAUGUUCUAUAUUAGCAAAUAAAAAUAUAAAAAAAAUAAAUUAUUUAACUUUUGAUGUCUUAUUUAAUUUUUUUAUAAAAAUAAUUAAAAAAUUUGGAUUAAUUUGUAAAAAGUUUUCAUCUUUAAGAGGUAGUGUUGUAGUUAAUUAUAUUGAUAUCAAAUAUUGUCUAAAAAUAUAUUUUAAUAAUAUAUAUAAAGAAAUAUAUAUAAUCAAAAAUUAUAAAAAUUCAUUUGAUCAUAUAAUAUUUGAUAUAAAUUUACAAAAUCAGGAAGAGAAAAUAAUAAACCAACAAGAAACGGAUGAAAAAGGAAACUACAUUAAUGUUGUACAAAAUUCUUAUUUAUAUUAUAAAAAUCUAUGCAUGAAAAAAAAAAAUAAUGAUAUUAAUUCUUUUAAUGAAUUUCCUCAAAUAAGUUCAGACAACUUACCUAAUUCAACAUCUAACGAAAAUGUUAAUAUACUAUCUUUAAAUGAAAAUAUUGAUAUUGAAAAAUAUAAAGAAGUUAUGAAGUUAAAAAAAAAAUAUAUGCAUGAUCAUAUGCCAAUUAUUCCAUUAACUUUAAAUAGAAAAGAACAAAUUACUGGAUAUUAUAAUGAACAAAAUGAAUCAUAUAAUCAAAACUCAUUUUCUUUUUUGAAUUAUUCAUCUCAAUCUUCUUCUCAAUCAUCUGAUACAUCAUCAGAUUCAAGUUCAACUACUCAAUCUCAUAAUUUUGAUACAACAAAAAAUAUUGAAAUUAAUCCUACCCAUAAAGUUAAUGACAAUAAUUUAAUAUACGAAAAAGAUAUAAUGUAUAAAGAAAAAAUAGAAGUACUAAAAUUAAUACCUAAAAUAAAAGACAUAUACAUACAAAACUCAGCUAAACAACAUUCUCAAUUUAAUACCACAAAUGAUAAUUCCCAAUUUAGUGUUACAAACAAAUAUAUAGAACCCCAAGAAUAUCAAAACGAUCUAUCUCUAGAUAAUGCACAUCCUCAACCUUAA